UAUACAGGCUCUAUUCACCUCUAUGGGGAGGCUAAUGAAUGACAGGGGCCCCAGUGAAGCUGCUGCAUACCCUGACACACCGGGCACCUCUGGUAAUACGCCUUGUUGCCAAUAGCAACCAUUCAGAGCUCCUAUUUCACACUGCUGAGGUACAAAUCACAACCAGCACUUAACGCAGCCGCCCACAGAAAGGAGCCGUCACCGUCGCCAUGGCAACUGAGAGCUGCACACAGGGGCUGGAUAUCCUCUACCGAGCCUGCAAGACUGAAAGACGAGACUAGAAGAGAUCGGUGGAGAGCGACAGUAAGAAGAGCACUGACGCUUUUCUUGCACAGCGUAGAAGCCAAGCCGGCAGCCUAAUGGCGAGCAAUAAUACAGCCAACAUAGCACAAGCCAGGAAGCUGGUAGAACAACUGAAAAUGGAAGCCAAUAUAGACAGAAUAAAGGUAUCCAAAGCAGCUGCAGAUCUGAUGGCGUACUGCGAAGCCCACGCCAAGGAGGACCCGCUAUUGACCCCAGUGCCCGCUUCGGAAAACCCCUUCAGAGAGAAAAAGUUUUUCUGUGCCAUCCUGUAGUAAGACCCGGGCCGGGCUGCGGUCAGGCUACCUGAACACCGGGUUAGAAUUUGUAACAUCAAGGACUAUUUUUAUGGUCUGCAGAAUCCUCAGUAAUAAUAGUAAUCUAGAAGAAGUCUGGGAAACGGCGGGGCAAGUCUAUGGAAACAUCUGGGGACCUGCACCAAGACUUUCUGUCCUUUCCAGCUUGUAGAAAAUAUGUAAAAAAAAAAAAAAAAAAUGGGGGGAAAAAAAAAGCUUUGUGUCACCUCUCAGUUAACAUCCUGCUUGUAUAUUUUAUUUUAUUUUUUAUAUUUUACUAUGUUUUUUUUUUCCAGAUUUUUUUUGUUUUUGGUUAGUUUUUAGUUUUUUAUGUUGGGGAAAAAUAUUCGCUCUGCAGAUGUUAAAGGAUGUACAGUGUGAUUUAUUAUUCUAAUUUUUUUUUUCCUGAUGUUUUAAUUUAAAUUGCCGUAAAUUGUAUUGUAUUUUUAUUUUAUUUUUAAAGAUGCAGGAAAGCAAACGGCGGUGUUGUUUCUAUGUCAUUUUUUGCUAGCGUGUGUUGUGGCGUUUAGAGUAGCACAAAGAUGGGUUUUCACGUUUAGGGAUCUUGGAUAGAUUACAGUCAACCUUCACAGCGUGCACAGUGGCAUCAUCCAGCGUUGCGCCAUUACUCACUGGGGGGGGGGGGACGACCAGCCUGCGAUUUUUAAUCUUUUUAACUCUGCUUUUUAAUUCUGCAAAGAUAUUUGUGUAGUGCCGUCUUUUUAUAUCGAUUUUUUUUUUUUCGUGACUUUUAAAAGGCGUCCUGCAUGGGUAUUAUU